ACAGUGCUUUUUUUUUUUUUUUUUUUACAUGUAGUACACGGGUUUGUCCAGCAGGGGCGCUAACUGUGCAGCUUCAACCUGUACUGGGGGCGCGUCUGCAAAGUGGGAAGCGGGUUUCAGUUUCAAACCCAAACAGUGCGAGGGAAGAGAGCAAGUGGCGUAUUGGAAAACGAUAAGUCCUCAUAGUCAAAGCAUUUCGUCGUUAUAACUCUUUCGUGAUUUGGACGCUGUGGUGGUUUUCUCGGACGUGGUUACAGUUCACAGAUUUCGCGGAAAAAAAAAAGUCACCCGCGGCGUCUUCGCUCCAGUUUUCAAUUUGAUGAUAAACCGAGGUUUGGAUUGUUUGCUGCAGGUGUUGUUGACCUCUGUGGAUACUGUAUCACGUUGAAAAAGCUACUCAGCUUUCUGUACUAUAAAUCUGACAUUACAAGCUAUUUUUUUGCAAGAAAAAUGCCGAGGUCCAACAGGCAAAGGGAAUACAAACCUGGAGAUCUUGUAUUUGCUAAAAUGAAGGGAUAUCCACACUGGCCUGCGAGGAUUGACGAGUUACCUGAAGGAGCUGUGAAGUCCCCUUCAAACAAGUACCAGGUCUUCUUUUUUGGAACGCAUGAGACGGCAUUCCUGGGAGCCAAAGAUUUGUUACCCUAUGAAGAAAAUAAGGAGAAGCUCGGGAAACCGAACAAGAGGAAAGGCUUCUCCGAGGGACUCUGGGAGAUUGAGAACAACCCCACUGUCACGCAUGAAGGCUAUGAGUCAUCAAAGAAGGAGAAUGCAUCAGAAGGAGCAGAUGACACCGGCGGUUCAGAGAAACCUGAUGCUGAAGGUAGCAGUGAUGAGGAUGAAGGAGCCCUGGUCAUCGACGAGAAGAACGAGAGGGGCGGAGCGAAGCGAAAAGCAGAGGAGUCCACGGAGGCUUCUCCCAAGAGGCCGAAGGACACAGAGGCGGGAGGUGACUCGAAAGUAGACGGCAACAAGUCAAAUGCAGAGACAAAGCUCAAUGAUGUAGCUGCACCCAAGGCGACAGCUCCCUCCUCACAGAGCGAGUUGAAACCAGAGGCCCAGGAAAACGCUGCAGCAGGAGGCCAGCUAACAGCAGAGAAGCCUGUGACAGACAGCGCUUAACGUCUACUCAGAAGAAAAACAAGAACCUUCUACGCUUUUCUCUGGAACUUGAGCAUCAACAUGAUUACCUGCAGGGUGCCAGAUUUCAGCUCUUUAACUAAUUUUAAAAACCUGAGUGUUUGUAUUGAGACAGAAACAAAUCCUCAUUUGCCAUUAUUUGGGAUAUCAUAUAUCCCAGAAACAAAACAAAAAAAAGGUUUGCUAAUCUGAUUCCAAACAACUGCAAUGAGCACUUUAGGGCUCAUUUCUAAAUGGGAUUUUGGUGUGUAUAUAUUUUUUAUUUCUAAGUGCAAUUACACAAUUACAAAGACUGAAUGCUAGGUGUCAAAACAUUUUUUCAGUUGUGAGGGAAGACGCAAAAUACAAAAUGAUUGAAAAGAAGAACAUUUAACCAGGAAAAAAAGAUGAAAGAUCCUAUUUGAUUGUUUUAAAACUUAGAUAUUGUACAGGAAAAAGGACAAAUUUCACACAUGCUCAGCUUUAGUUCACAGAUAAAAAGUUUUAUUUCUGUCUGUUUUGCCUAGCUUUUCAGCCUCAGCCUAAGCUCUACAUUUAGUCAGUGGUUACAAGAUUGGUUGCACCGUAAGAAUUUAUUUUUUGCCCCCAUUCAUCAUAAUCUAGUUCUUUGUAUUUUCUGCAACACAGGUUUUGUUGCUUUCCAUGGUUUGUGCUUCAUGCAGGUGACCAAUUUAUGUGCUUAAUUUCACAGGAUUGAACAUUUAAAGCCCAUUUGAGGAAAAACUUCAACCCCAAUUCCAAAAAAGUGCAAAAUGUUAAUGAAUCCGGGUUUGAUGGUUUACAAAGCCCAUGUGAAACCGCAUAUUUAAUUGUAAAUAGUGCAAAAUCAACAUAUCAAAUGUUAAGAACUGCAGUUUUAUUCUGUUGUUAAAAUAUAUGUUAAUGUUAAAUUUAAUGCCAGCAACACGUUUCAAAAAAGUUAAGACAGGGUAAGUUUUCUGUUGUGUUCCACCACCUCUUCUUUUAACAAGUUUCUGUUCAGGCUUGGAACUGAGGAGACCAGUUUCUGGAGUUUUGAAACUGAAACGUCCCAUUCUUGCCUGAUAAAGGAUUUCAGCUGUUCAACAGUUCAGGGUCUCCUUUGUUGUAUUUUUUGCUUCAUGAUGUGCCAAAUAUUUUCAAUGGGUGACAAGUCGGCACUGCAGGCAGGCCAGUUCAGCACCUAGACUCUUCUGCUAUGUAGCCAUGCUGUUGUAAUACGUGCAGAAUGUGGUUUGGCAUUUUCUUGCUGAAGUAUGUAAGGUCUUCCACGAAAAAGGCAUUGUCGGGAUGGCAGUAAUAUGUUUCUCCAAAACGUGUAUGAAUUGUUCAGGUUACUGGUGCCUUCCCAGAUGUGAAAGCUACCCAUGCUGUGGGCAACUGUGUGGUCCCUCUCCUCUCUUCAUUAGAGUGGAGUAUAAGGCGUCCAUGAGGAUGUCAGUUUUUGAUUCGUCAGACCAGAGGGCACUUUUCUACCACGCCUCAGUUCAUCUUAAAUGGGCUCAGGCCUGGAAAAGUCGCUGGCGUUACUGGAUCAUGUCAAUAUAUGAUUCCAUCUUUUCAUGGUGCAGUUUUAAAACGCAUUUGUGGAUCAUCACACAGUGAUAAAAAUGUGUUAACAGACGGUGGUUUCUGGAAGUCAUUUUGAGCUCAUGCAGUGAGUUCCACUACAGAGUGAUGUUUGUUGUUAAUGCAGUGCCCCCUCAGGGCCCUUAGAUCACAGCCUUCUCCAGAUUUCUCCCCAAAUUCUUUGAUAUUUUAUGCUGAGGAAUAUUAUUUUGAAUUAUUGACUCAUGCAGUCUUUGAGUGGUGAACCUGUUUCCAUCUUUACUUCAGAAAGACUCAUCCUCAGUCAUGUCACUAGCCUGUUGUAAAUUAAUAUUAGUUGGGAGAUGUUUCUUCUGGUGUUUUAUUUUAGUAUUACUCAACUUGUUCAUUGUUUUGUUGUCCUGUCCCAAUUUUUUGCUGGCAUUGAUUUAAAAUGAGAAUAUAUUUUCAUAGAACAAUACAAUGUUUCAGUUUCAACAUUUGAUAUUUCGUCUGCUCCAUUUUCAGUUGAAAUUUGGCCAACCUUGAUAACCUGGUUUUAUUGACGUUUUACAAAGCAUUGCACCUUUUUUCAGAAUUGGGGUUUGUAUUUUAGGAUUCAAACAUUCACUUUGUAAAGCCCUUGUGGAACUUUGUUUUGCUGGUGUGUUUAUUGAACGCUGAAAGACAUUCCUGAAUGUUGCUUGCACUUGAUAUUUUGAAGUCAAGCUUGAGCUGUGCUAUUGGUGGUAAAAGUUAUGUCACUACUUUCUCUGGAUGAGUUGCCCGACAAAAACGUUAACAAAGUUCAAUAACUCAUCUGUCAAUCACUUGUUAUUGCAAUCUAUUAUUUAGCUCACAUGAAUGCUGCCAUUAUUUACUACUGGAGGUAUUGCAAAGAAUUACAUUCAGUAAUUGAUUGUACCAAAUAUUUUCUUUAUUUUUCCAGGUGGACAAUUGUAUUUAACACAAUGUGAGCAAAGACUUUUGGUUUUUUUCAGCCCUCUUAACUGGAAUAUAAGGCUGUUUUACUGAAAUGGUCUUACCAUUCUUUUCUAGGCUAAAGAAAGUUGUGCUGUUUUAAAUAUGUGUUUUAUUUCAACAUUUGUUCAGACGACAUGCUUCAAAUUGUGGUGUUAAUUUUCACAGUGAUUUUGAAGGUUCAAAGGUUUUCUAAAUGCUCGCCUAGCUCAUCGUGUUACUUGACUGUCAUUGUUUGAGUGUACAUUUGUGUAUUUGGCAGUGUGAGCCCACAGUGAAUCAAAUGAUAAACCUAAGUGAAAUCACAGCUUUUAAAAGUGAAAAUUACCCUGACUGCUAUUGAAUGAUCAAAGUGGCCCAUUCAAAUUUAGUGUUGUAAUUCCAAGGGUAUCAUUUGGCAUUACGGUGAAAUUCUUGGUUUAGCUUUCUAAGUUGCUUUCAGAAGCUGUCAUUCAUCUUAAUCUGCUGCUUAGUUUACUGUUGUAGCUGCCAGUCCAUUUAAUAAACUUGUCGAUUACAGAAAA